AUGGACUCAACAUACACCAUGGCACCAACCUCGGUGCAAGGACAGCCAUUCACAUACUAUCCCGACUCAACACAAAGACAAGCCCACUACCAGUCAGACGUCCCGUACUACGGCCAAAUGCAGUAUGGACAAGAGCAACCGCUCUACUCCCCCCAACCCAUGAUGAACAUGCACCAAAUGGCCACCACCAAUGCCUUCCGGGGAGCUACCAUGAGCUUGACACCAAUUGCCUCUCCCCAGCCCUCGCAAAUGAAGCCCACCAUCAUGGUGCAGCAGGGAUCUCCUGGUUUGAUGCCCUUGGACACUCGCUUUAUUGGUCACGACAUGUACUCCUUCCCUUCAACUCCUCCACUGUCCGCCUCGGGAAGCACCAUCAGCAGCCCCCCGUCUGCCCACGGUGCGCUACCAACCCCGGUUCAUGACACAUUCUUCACCUUCGACAAGGUGGAGGGUGUCAAGGAGGGAUGCGAGACCGAUGUCCACCAGGAAAUCCUGGCCACUCCGGAGUGGGCGCGUUCCGAUUCGCCUCCGAUGACGCCUGUCUUCAUUCACCCGCCUUCUGUUACUCACAUCCACGGCUCAGACCUUCUGUCUGCAACAUCCUGCCCCUCGCUUUCCCCCUCCCCCUCACCCGUGCCCACCGACAUUCUUGGCUCCCAGACUCUUGGGUCAAGCCAGUCUUUCUGCGAUCCGCGUCAGCUCACCGUUGAACCCUGUGUCAAUGUUCACGCACAGGAUCUCCCUCCUCUACCGAAUCUUUCAUGCGAGGAGGAGGAGCCGCGCGCCGUUGUUGGCAGUGCGUCUGUGACGCUUCCCGUCAACGAGAACCCAUCUCCUUCUUUCAGCUCCUCGACCCAGGACCCUCUGAGCUCGCUGCCCACUUUUGACAGCUUCUCAGACCUUGAUUCUGAUGAUGAGUUGAACCGCCUGGUGGAAUUCCACCCUGCUGCAAAUGCCGUCUACAUGGGUGGCAAGCGCCAGCGUGUGCACGCCUACCCGGUAGAGGAUGAUGGAUUCCUGAGCGAGCACAGCCUCGAAGACUCCGAUGACUCAGAGUCUUUCAUGCCUAAUGGUUUGCCUUCCUUCGAGUGGACCCAGACUGCCCAGCCGCAGGCUGAGGCCGAGGAGGAACCUGUCGAGGAGCCCAAGACCAAGAAGCGUAGCAACCGCAAGUCCCGCAAGAUCGCUGCUGACGAGGCGGCUGAAGCAAAGGCGCUGGCCGCCUGCGAGUCCUCUGGCGACUGCUGCUCUGAUGAUGGAUCAGUUGAUGACUCUGAGUCUGCUCCCAUCUCGGUCAACCGCCGGGGCCGCAAGCAGUCUUUGACUGAGGACCCCUCUAAGACCUUCGUCUGCACUCUGUGCUCCCGUCGCUUCCGUCGUCAGGAACACCUCAAGCGCCACUACCGCUCUCUCCACACCCAGGACAAGCCAUUUGAGUGCAACGAGUGCGGCAAGAAGUUCUCCCGCAGUGACAACCUCGCUCAGCAUGCCCGUACUCACGGUGGUGGCUCCAUUGUCAUGGGAGUUCUCGAUGCAAGCGAUGCUGGUUCUGUCUCCUUCGAUGAUCAACAUGACGCUGGUGCCCUUGGCCAAGUCAUGUACGAGGCUGCCCGGUCGACCGAAGUCACCGGUUCUACCUCUGUGGAUCGCCGAGCGACAAAGAAGCGCAAGCGUGACUUGUCCUAA